UAAAAUCCUGGAUUUAUAUUGGUCAGUGAUAUAAGAACAAGCAAUUAAAGUAAUUGUGUGCUUUCGUAAUAUUACUAACCUGCAACUAAGCAAAUGUAACAGUCUGGUGAUUCAAUGAAUUGUAGCGCUUACUCGGUGGGAACCUUUGUUACAGGGAGAUGGGGUCUGGUAGGAAGAUGUUGGAGAGCGGGAUUCUGGGAAGAGCUGAGUUCGUUGUACCGGAUGUGUGAUUUUCAAUAAAGUGUGUUCAUUUAGAAGUAAUACACAGUCUACCGAGCAGAACCCCAUUUGAUACUGCGACAGUUUAAAGAUGGAAUCAGUCCCGAUUAAAGAGGAGCUCCCUAAACUUGAACUGGUCCCCAUUAGACUGGAGUUCUCUGGACUGUCUUCCCUCCCCAUUAAACAGAAGCUCUGUGAGAUGCCAUCUGACAGCAUCAAGUCGGAGGUGUCUGGGAUUAAAGCUGAGCGCAAUGAAUUGGAGAUCUCCCAGACAGAAGAACCCCUUCCUGUGAAUGAAGAGGUGCUGGAAAUGUUACCAAGCAGAACCACGUUUGAUGCCUUGGACAAUGUGAAGAUGGAAUCUGUCCCGAUUAAAGAGGAGCUCCCUAAACUUGAACUGGUCCCCAUUAGACUGGAGUUCACUGGACUGGCUUCCCUCCCCAUUAAAGAGGAGCUCUGUGAGACGCCCUGUGACAGCAUCAAGCCAGUGGUGUCUGGAAUUAAAGCUGAGCGCAACGAACUGGAGAUCUCCCAGACAGAAGAACCAGUUCCUAUGAAAGAAGAGGUGCUGGAAAUGGUGCGUAUUAAACUGGAGCCCCUGAAAGAGGAGGUACUCUUGAAACCAGGGAAGGAAGAAUCCGAAGACUUGAAAGCAGCCCCCACUGAGCUGGGUCCGGUACACCUGCGGGAGUGUAGCGUGGUGCUGGAGAGAAUCUAUGUGAGAAAGCAAGGCUCUGGAGAGGAAGGCUCUCCCAACAGCACGCAAGGAGGUGGACAGGACGACGAGAGCUCACAUUCAGAGUGCAGUCCAGCAGGUGAGUGACUGACUAGCUGUGACAUUGUCAUUCUACACUGAGUGAUGGCCACAAUGUGACUGAGAGGCUGAGAACAGAUAGCAGGGCUCCACAUUAGCAUCCAGGUUCAUUUUGCAUACUUGUC